UUGUAUAGCCUAUAUAUAUACUCCCACGUUACUCCUAAAAUCCUCAGAAUUUCAAAAACAAAAUCAUUUCCCUAAUUAAAACUCAUUUGUGUAAACAUGGAAUCUUUAAAUUUCCACAACAUCAAAUCAGAGAAAGCAAAUGCCAUGAUAAGGUACAAAAAACGUCAAAGAGUGACAAUGUUUUUUCGAUUCAUCGAAUUCUGUAUAUUUUUCGUAGUAAUCUCAAGAUUUUCCACUCAAUUACCACUCAAUUAUUUCAAGGGAUUUGAUUUCACCCUCGUUACUCCUCGAUUCGUCUUUGUCCUUGUAAACGCCAUUGUUAUCAUCCUCUUCUUCAAAUCAAAUAGUUCCACGGACAGCAUUAAAUUCGAUUUAUAUGAUGAGUACACACAAAAAUAUUCGAUUUAUUAUGAACAGAGCAAAAAACAGAGUAUUGCCGUAAAGGAGGCUAAUUGUGAUCAACAGAGGAAACAGAGCAUUGUAGCAGAAAGGCGAUUAGAGAAGAGAAUUCAUCGUAGUCAUUCGGAAAACACUUUAUGUUUGGCUCAUGAUGAGAAAAAAAGUAGAAAAAGAAUGAACAGGUCAGCUACAGUUGGAUGCUUGAAAAAUAUAGAUACUGAUAGUGUAAAACCAGCGAUGACGACAAAAUCAUAUUCAUAUCCAGAGGAUGGGAUGAGCAAUGGCGAAUUUAGGAAAACUAUUGAGGCCUUUAUUGCAAGACAACAAAGAUUAUUGAAGGAAGAAGAGUUUUCAAGUUUAAUAUCUUGAAAAAAUAUCUGAGUUUAACUAUAACACAUUAGGUGAUCGGAAAAAAAAAUUAGUUAAGAAAACAAAUGUAAGUUUAUAGCUAUUUCAAUUUAACUAUUUAAAAAAAGUGACAAAAAUAAGUUUGUGCAUAGUUAAAAGUUAACUUGCAUAAAAUCAGGACCUAAUUGCUUAUAUACAUUUUAAUUUUGGUACGUUAUUAAGUUUUGGCGCCUUUAGAUAUGUACACGAAAAAAUUAGGUGUAUUUUGUUCUAUAUGUCAUCAUAUUCAAGUGGAUUUAAAUGGACAGGUUAGGUUAAAAUUGGGAA